GCCGACUGUGAAUAGCUCCUCCCGCGCAUGAGGCUGGUCACAUGUGCAUGACGUCAUCAGAGCUUCUUCAGCCCUCUUGGCAGCAGGAAAUCUACUGUGUCGUCGCUGCUGCAUUACUGCCGUAAGUGGGGUGUGGUCAUUGCUUUGUAGGAACCAGAUAUGUAAGUCUUGAUACUUAGAGAUCCACCAGGCAAAGCAGAUGGAGAGCUCAUUGUGGUCCCAGAUCAGGUCUAUUAUGCCUCCUAGUCUUGAGGGGUUCUUUCUGGAGCUGGGCCCAGAAGUUGAUGGAGCCAUCCUUACAUGUAUGAAGGAGGCGGCAGCCUGUAUCUACACACAUGACCUGGAGCAAUGUGGACAGCUGGGGGAGCUGAUUAUGGACUAUAGCUGGGAAAAGCUGAAUGGCCGUAACUGGAGGGAUGUGUCCCGUGAUUGGAGGACUACAUAUUCCUAUGGCUGCCUGUUUAAGGUUCUUGGAGGCUGUGGAGGACUGGUUAUCAAUAAAGAAGAGGUUCUGCGAUUGUGUGACAUGUCAUUGCUCUUGGGAGCUGAGAUCAUGAGCAAUGUCAUAAGUAAAAUAGUCCAGAUUUUGAAUAUACCCCUUCACAAGGACUCUGUGGAGACCCAAGAGUGUACAACAGCCCUGACUCACAAAAGAGAAACGAUGAAGAGAAAUACACAGAAAAAUGAGCUGGAAACAGAAUCAACGGCCAAGAUCCCAAAGAAAAUACCCUGUUCACCAACUCCAGUCUUGUGUGUAGACACCACAAUUCCAACUGUCCGCUGCCCUUCACUGGAACACUUCAGACACAAUUACUUGAUACCACAGAAAGCUGUAAUACUAGAAGGUGUCAUUGAUCACUGGCCAUGCAUGAAUAAAUGGAGUGUGGAGUAUAUAAAGAAGGUAGCUGGUUGUCGUACUGUACCUGUGGAGCUGGGAUCUAGAUACACAGAUGCUGAGUGGUCUCAGAGUUUAAUGACUGUAAAUGAAUUUAUCAAUAAUUAUAUUGUGGACCAGCCAGCUUGCAGGGGAUAUCUUGCUCAGCAUCAACUAUUUGAACAGAUACAAGAACUGAAGGACGAUAUUGGUAUUCCAGAUUAUUGCUGUCUCGGUGAGGGGGAUGAAGACGAUAUAACUAUUAAUGCUUGGUUUGGCCCGUCAGGAACAGUGUCUCCUCUUCACCAAGACCCUCAGCAAAACUUCCUUGCACAGAUUGUAGGCAGAAAGUACCUCCGCUUAUACUCUGUCAGUGAGACAAAAUAUCUAUAUCCAUUUGAUAGUUCCCUUCUCCACAACACGAGCCAGGUGGACAUUGAAAAUCCAGAUACUGACAAGUUUCCUGACUUUUUGCAAGCAGUUUAUCAAGAGUGUAUACUGUGCCCUGGGCAGAUCUUAUUCAUCCCAGUGAAAUGGUGGCAUUAUGUUAGGGCUUUAGAUAUAAGCUUUUCUGUCAGUUUUUGGUGGUCUUGACCUUUCGUCUUUGUAAAUUGAGCAAUCAUAUACAAUAACCAACCGACCAACCUUAGUCAUGCUGUCAUGGUGUGUUCCUAUACAACAACCAUCCAUCAUCGUAACUAUGUACAAAGGUGUUAUAGCAAUCUGUGGUGCUGCAAGAAUGAAGAGUUUUUCAGAAGUUUUUGACUGAUGGUGAUCUGGAUGCUGAGACCCUCACCAAUCACUAAAACAAACAAGAGUUUGAUUACCAAACUUUACUUAUUAUAUUUGGACUGGAAAAUGCUCUAGAAUUGCUUUUAAAAAAUCAUGCUACCUAACGGCAGAGGGAUACAUUUUCCAUAUCUAAUAAAUAUAACUUUAUUUA